AUGCCGUGCCAGGACAUCAAUGGUGGCUCUGGCGUGCUAUUUGAAUUGAACAAGUGUCAGCGUCGAGGGGAAACAGCGUCGAAGCUGUCGCUCCAUGGAACCCCUCUAUAUAUCAUUUGCAUGUCCUGCCAGUCCGCUCUCAAAACUCAAAGUAUUAACACUUUAACGCCAAGUUUUUUAUCCGGCUGCCGGAAACAGACAACACAGCGCACAUAAACACAGCGCCAAACACAAAUACUAGUGCAGUAGUGAGCUCUCGGCGUCGGCGGCAAAACGCCAUGUUGGAUUAUUCAACUCGACGCCAUUUCGCGUCACAAUGCGCGCUAUGCGCCGCCAUCAUUGCAACCGACAGCGAACGGCACACGGCAGCGGCAACAACAACAACAACAGCAACAGCAACAGGAACAGGAAUAGUAGCAACAACUGCAGCAACAGCUAAAGGCAACGCUGGCCCACACGGCGGAUGAAGUUGCAAUUCAAAGUCAUAAACACGUGGAGCGUGGGCGCAAAGUCUCAGCUAAGCCGCGAAGAAAGACGGGGGAAAGCGGGAAAAGCCGGGAAAGCGGAUGA